AUGGCGCUUCCCGCUCCAGUGCAGGUGACCAGCGAAGGCUGGGUCGAUAUGCACCACUGCACGGGAAUUUCCGCUGCGGAGUCCAUCCUCUCCAGUCGGCAAUUUCGCGCUGGCACGGACGGCUACUUGGGUGGGGCGAUCUACUUUUCUAAAAGUUACGAGGAGGCGAUGCGGCGGGCGCAGGGGGUGAAGAACGUGGAGGAGGAACAGGUCGUCUUGUCCGCGCGGGUCUACUUGGGGAGGUGCGGGCACUUCGAGAAGGGCACGAUCGUCGACGGGCCGCUGUUGAACCAGUACAAGCUCAAUUCCGCCAAGGUGUUCGGGCGCGAAGACAGUUACUGUCUCGCCGACACCAACAAGUACCGCGCGGACCCGCUGGGGCGGGUGAAGUGGAUCUUUCGCUGCGAUGACCUGUCGGAGACUGAGACCGACUGCACAAAGGUAGCAUGUAGGAUAGCGUAUGUCGAGUGCGGUGUGUGCUACCUGAAGAAGGUAUUGGAGCGGACCUACGACGCGCACGUGGCGGAAUUCGGGGAUGACGGAAUCGGAGCAGUUGAUCUGGUUGCCGGCACCUUCGCGAGACCGGCAACUGCUGGUAAGUCGCUUGGGCCGAAGCAGUUGCGAAACGAAGCGGGCGGCGGUAGGGGUCAGGAAAGCGAGUGCGUUCUUUUGCGGUACAAGGCCGGCUGCCAGAUUUGCCAGAAGUACGGUCCCUCACAGGACAGCGCGGAGCUUGUACAAAAGUUGAAAAAGAAUAAGAAAAGCGAUUGAACCAUUCCGCAAGUGACGAACUAAUCAUUCCGAAAUUCCGAUUCUGUUGAAACUUGUUUUUUCCAGCGAAGUUGUACAUCACAAUUCUAAAUCUAAAGCAUUUAAUUCAGAUACAGAUUUUCAUGAUACUCAGUCCCUGUCCCGAGUAGAUGAUUCUUCUUUUUGUGUAUGGGUUCCUUGAAGUUUUUUUUUUGAAUAUGAAAUGCGGCACAAGCUCUUUGACC